AUGGCAUUGGACAUGGAUAUCAAUGAACUAUUAGUCAUAGGAGACUACGACCUCCUAAUCCAUCAAGUACAGGGUGAGUGGGCCACUAAGAAUGAUAAGAUCUUGCCAUACAUAAACUUGGCGCAGAGGUUUUGUAAAAGGUUCAAAAAGAUCGAAUUCAGGCAUACCCCAAGGGCUCAGAAUGAGUUUGCCGAUGUUUUGGCCACCAUAUCAUCAAUGGUUCAGCAUCCCGAAAGCAGUCACAUUGACCUGCUAGAAAUAAGCCUGAAAGAGAAGCACGCCUACUAUUCCUACAUGGAAGGGGAACCAGACGGCAAACCAUGGUACAAUGACAUAAAGAUGUAUUUGGAGAAGCGGGAGUAUCCUGAAGGUAUCACAAGUAGCCAAAAGAAAACCAUUCGAAGAAUGGCUAAUGGUUUCUUUCUGAACAAAGAAAUACUGUACAAACGGACGCCAGAUUUUGGUUUGCUCCGAUGUGUGGAUGUCGUUAAAGCCACAAAACUCCUGGAAGAAGUACAUGCUGGGACCUGUGGGCCCCAUAUGAAUGGAUUCUUACUAACCAAGAAAAUCCUCUGA